UUAUAUUUUAUUUUGAUAAAAAAAGGUAUAUGACAAUUAAGAUUCAAAUAUCCAAAUUAGGUUAAUCGAAGCACUCUUCAUUAGGGAAAAACUUUUUUUGCUGAAUAUUGACACCACACUACCGCAUCAAUUCCAUACGUUUGUACGCUUCUCACGCCGCCGCACUUUCAUUGAUUUGUGUUUGUUGAUGCUUAUUUGUCCAGGUAUUUUUUAACUUAUGAAAAGAGACUAAAUUGAUUAAUGUAGGAUGAAUUUCACAUUCAAAUUGCUUAUUUGUUCAAUUGAUAAUUUAAUUUUUUAACUGAUUCGUACAAACUCGAGGUCGGGCUUAAAACUCGACGACUUAUCACCUAUUCUCGAGUUUAUUAGCUCAGUAAAAUCAAGAACUCGAGGUUUUGCUUCCAUUUCGUCGAGUAUUAAGACUUACAUCAAGUUUGUGCUUUGACAGAGAUAAAAAAGUCGAGUUAAGGAUGUAACUCGUCGAAUAUUAAGCAUGACAUCGAGUUUAACAUUGCAAACGACGUAUAAACUCGAGUUAAGUUUAAAAAUUCGUCGACUAUAUAGGCUGACCUCGAGUAUGUUUUAACAGUAACACUAACCAAAUGUUAGCCUUGUUUUAGAACUGCAGGUAGUUCAGGGAAAGAAAUUGGAUAUAUUUUUAAAAUAGCUAACGGUAUCUGAUUUGUAAUGGGGACGCCAUCAGACAAAAGUUGGAUGACGUCGUACCGAUUUAGUUCAUGUUAUAUUCAAGGGGUCAAAAAUUUUCUGAAUGUUGCAAAAGACUUUACUGAUUCAAAUGGCAGAGUUCGAUGUCCAUGCAAGAACUGCAUCAAUAUUUAUUUGAAGCCAUUGCAAGAAGUAAAAAUGGAUCUAUAUCAAUAUGGAAUUAGUGAAAACUACACAAACUGGGUGCACCAUGGUGAGACUUCUCAACCUCGUGAUAGUUUAGAUGGCUCUAUUAAUUCGGACAAUGAAUUGGAGGAUAGUGGAAAUGAUGUUUCAGAAAUGUUAGAUGAUAUGUGUAAUGCAACUUUUAUGGACACCGACAUGGAAGACAGACUUCCCAAUCAAGAUAAUAACAUGCUAGAAGGAGAAGUAGCAAAAUUUGCUAAAUUGUGGAAUGAUUCUCAUUGUGAACUAUAUCCUGGAAGUCAAAAAUAUUCAAAGCUCUCUUUUCUUCUUAAGAUGAUUAAUAUCAAAGCACUCACAAAUUCUAGUAAUAAGUCAUUUUUUUCGAAUUUGGAGUUGUUCAAGGAUGCACUCCCGAGAGGAGAAACCCUUCCAAGCUCAAGUUAUGAGGUUAAAAAAUUGAUGCGUGAUUUAGGACUCGGUUACGUAACUAUUGAUGCUUGUGUAAAUGAUUGUGUGCUAUUUUGGAAGGAAAAUGAAAAUCUUGACACGUGUCCAACUUGUAAGGCCCCUAGAUGGAAAUUAGGUUUCGGAAAACGCAAGAAGGUUGCUCAAAAAAUUCUUAGACACUUCCCUUUAGUACCUAGACUUCAGAGGUUAUUUAUGUCUAAAGAUAUUGGUGAAAAUAUGAGGUGGCAUAAGGAGAAACGUGUAGAUGAUGAUACGAUUAGACAUCCAGCUGAUGCUACGGAAUGGAAAGAUUUUGACCAGAAAUAUGCUUGGUUUGGCAAAGAUGCUCGUAACGUGCGACUUGGGCUUGCUAGUGAUGGAUUUAACCCUUUUGGAAAUAUGAGCACGAGUUAUAGCAUGUGGCCGGUGAUUGUGACGCCAUAUAACUUACCACCAUGGAAAUGCAUGAAGGAGAAUUUUUUGAUGUUAUCUUUGCUUAUUCCUGGUAAAGAAUCUCCCGGAAAUAAUAUCGAUGUAUAUUUAAGGCCAUUAAUUGAUGAGUUAAAAGAGUUAUGGGAGACCGGUGUGACAACAUAUGAUGCAUAUAGCGGUAAGAAUUUUCAAUUACAUGCUGCAUUAUUAUGGACAAUAAAUGACUUUCCAGCAUAUGGAAUGUUAUCUGGAUGGAGCACAAAAGGAAAAUUGGCAUGUCCUGUGUGUAAUAAGUGGACGUGUUCGCUAACAUUAAAAAAUGGAGUGAAGCAAUGUUACAUGGGUCAUCGGAGAUAUUUACAUGCCCAACAUUCUUGGAGAAAAAGCAGAAAAUUUGAUGGCAAACCAGAGCACGGGUCAAAGCCUGAAGAGUUGUCAGGAGAUGAAGUUCUAAGGCAAUUAGAUUUGCUUCCAAAAAGCCUUGUUUUUGGGAAGACACCUAACCAAAAAAAGCGUGCACGUGGUCCUGAAGAGCUCAAUUGGACAAAGAGAAGUAUAUUCUUUGAAUUGCCUUACUGGAAAACAUUAAAAUUACGUCAUAAUUUAGAUGUAAUGCAUAUUGAGAAGAAUAUAUGUGAAAAUAUAUUGGGUACGUUGAUGAAUAUUGAUGGAAAAUCUAAGGAUAACAUUAAGGCUCGAAUGGAUUUAGAAGCAAUGGGUAUAAGAAAAGAGUUACAUUUACAGCAAAAGGGAAAUAAAUUUUUUAUGCCACUUGCUUGUUAUACAUUACCGAAGCCUGAAAGGAGAAAGUUUUGCGAAUGGUUGCAGUCAAUCCGGUUGCCAGACGGAUAUGCUUCCAAUCUUUCUCGAUGUGUAAGUGUUCAGGACUGCAAAGUUAUGGGGAUGAAAAGCCAUGAUUAUCAUAUAUUCUUGCAACGGUUACUUCCAGCAUCAAUUUGUGGGUCUUUGCGUAGUGAGGUUUACACUGCAUUAUCAGAGUUGAGCUCUUUCUUUAAGGAGCUUUGUUCGAAGACUUUAAAAAGAUCUACAGUUAAAAAGUUGCAGAGCGAUAUCAUUUUGAUAAUAUGUAAACUUGAGAUGAUAUAUCCUCCAUCUUUUUUCGUGGUAAUGAUGCAUUUGGCAAUUCAUCUGCCACGUGAAGUAGAAUUAGGAGGCCCUGUUCACUAUAGGUGGAUGUACUUUAUUGAGAGGUUAGUUGAUAAGGAAAUUUUAUUUUUAGUUUUCUUAAACAAUUUUCCUGUGCAAAUAGGAGUGGAAAAUGGAUUUUCCAUAUUUUCAAACAAUGCAAGACCUUUAGGAGCUACAGAAUAUAAAACGUUAUCCCAUUCUGAUUUUGAAAAAUUGCAGUGGUAUGUGCUUAACAAUUGUGAGGAUGUUGAUGAAUAUCUUAAGAUUCACAUUGAGGAAUUACAAAAGGAAAGUGUUAUAGAUGUGCAAAAAAGACACCAGGCAGGAUUUGCCAGUUGGUUCAAGGAGUGUGUUGGACGCUUACGUGCUACUGGUUUGGUUGCAGCAACAGAUCAUAUAUAUGCGUUGGGAUUAGGUCCUGAUAUACGAAUUGCUAGGUACAGUGGGAUAAUUGUCAAUGGAGUUAGGUUUCACACAGUUGAGCGUGAUAAUUUUCGUCGGACUCAAAAUAAUGGAGUUUCAGUUACGGGAGAGCAUAAGUCGAAAGAAAUCGAGUUUUAUGGUGUGCUAACAGAUAUCAUUGACCUCCAAUAUGUUAAUGGGAAUCAUGUUUUCUUGUUUAAAUGUGAUUGGUGGGAUGUUGGCGAUAAAAAUGGAAUUAAAACAGAUGGCAACUUAGUUUCUGUUAAUGUGAGCCGUAAAUGGUAUACAGGUGAUUCUUUCGUGUUGAGUUCUCAAGUACAACAGGUUUUUUAUGUCAGCGAUAUGAAAAAUGGAGGUCAUUGGAAAAUUGUGCAAAAAUCAUUUCACAGGAAUAUAUUUGAUGUGCCAGAAAAGGAAAAAGUGUGCAAUGAAGAUUCAAUAUUGAAUGAUGAGCCCUAUCAGCAAUACGAGGCAGAUAAUAGUCAUGAAGUCGAUCAAAAUGGUGGUGAAAAUUUGGAACUCUUGCAUCCUAUAGAUGUAUUACCGGAUGAAGUUGAUGUUGGUCAAAUGUUUCAAGGUCAAAACUCAAACCCGAUUUAUUCUAGCGAUGAGGAGGAUGAUACUACGAUCAAUUAUGAUGAUGCCGACACUGAUGUACUAGAAGACUCAAAUGACAGUGACAAUGAAGACGAAGACGAUGAUUAGUGACUGAAAUUUACCGCUUAUUGAACUCUUUUUGGAUUCUUGUAGCUUGUUUGAAAGUAUGAAUUUUACUGAGAGAUGCUUUUUUAUAUUGCCUUGAAUGUAGAUUGUAGAAUUUUGGUGUUUUAUGGCAGUAGUUAUGCAGCCCAACAUGAAAUUUGUGGAAAA